AGUUUCAAUUCUACUCUGAGCAGUGCUACAACUAUGUUCGGUAAACAUACUCGCUUGAAUGUGACACAAAAUGGGCUCGCUGCUUGAUUUAGUCGUUUUGUCGUCCUUAAUAUUACGAUCAUGUUAUGCUGCUAACAUUUUAUUUCUAUCGGAAGUUCCAUCGCGAAGUCAUCAUCGAUGGCUUCGUAUAGUGGCUGAAGAGCUUGCUGCUAGAGGACAUAAUAUAACAUUUGCGUCAUGCGAUGCUGAAAAACCGCAGCAUAACAUACACUUCAUUCACAUGGAAAAAGUGUACGAAACUGUUGAGGCCUCGUCGGAUACAAAUUUUGACAUUUUCGACAUUGGUUUCACGAACGUGAUCCUUCAAUAUUUCGAUACGCCAGAAUUAACUAUCGCAGUUUGUGAGGGCCUGACAAAGUCUAAUGGAUGGCAACAGCUGAACAGCUACCCCAAUGAUUUUAAGUUCGACCUGUUGAUUCACGAUUACAUGACCGGAGGCUGUCUACUGUCGUUCGGUAAAAAGUUCAACAAUCCACCAGUGGUGUCGAUGACAGCGUUCCGAGACAAUUCAAUUUUUCAUCGCAAAACAAAGACGGCCACCAUACCAGCAAGGAACACAUUACCAUAUUUUCAUCGGCAGAUUCCGGGAUCGUUUGCUGAACGGAUCGUCAAUUUUGUGAUGCACAUGUGCGAGAGCCUCAUAUGGAAUUAUUACACGUUCCCGAAGCUAGCGAAAAUUAUUCACGAGACAAAUUCGUUCAAUUAUUUAGUUUCGGCUACUGACGACGAACCUGAUCCAGCCAUUUAUUUGACAAACUACGAACCAGUGGUAGAUGAAGCUCAACAAUUACCACCGAAUGUGAUUGGCGUUGGUGGAUUACAGAUUAAGAAGCCGUCUCCGCUACCGAAUGAACUACGAGAAGUUGCUGACAGGGCGAGCAAUGGAUUGAUAUUGUUUUCAUUGGGAACGAAUGCGAAUACUCAGGAAUUGGGAGAGUCAAUCGUACAGAAUAUUUUGGAGGUCUUUACGAUUUUUCCCGAGUUCACAUUCUUUUGGAAAAUGGAUCUGGAAGGUGACGAUAUUCGGAUACCUGACAACGUAGUUAUUCGUAAAUGGUUCCCACAAAAUGAUGUUCUAGCCCACAAAAAUACAAAACUGUUUAUUACGCAUGGUGGUCUUAUGAGCACACAGGAGGCCAUAUGGCAUGGAGUUCCUAUGCUAGGAAUACCAUUGUUUUUCGAUCAAUAUUCGAACAUUCACAAAGCGGUGGACAAAGGAAUAGCAGAAGUACUGUACGUCAGCGACAUAUCGAUCGAGAAUCUUUGCGAAAAAAUUCUUCUCAUGACGGAGAAUCCACAGUAUAAAGAAAAAAUUCGAAUCUAUUCGAACGCUUUCCGUGAUCAAAAGGAAACGCCGUUAGAGCGCGCUGUAUGGUGGAUCGAAUGGACGAUGCGUCAUCCGGCGAAAACUGUGUUGCAGGGUUAUGGUAGAGAUUUGAAUUUUUUUCAAAUCGAAUCUAUGGAUGUCAUUGGUUUUGUGACGAUCGUCAUUGGACUAUUAGUUUUUCUAUUUUUGAUGUUAGUCACAAAAUGUGUUCGUUAUGCAUUGAAGAGAACUGGCAUUAUAAGUUCGGGAAAGAUAAAUAAACGAUAAGUAAAAGAGAAUCUAAAAAUUGCAAACAAAUUGUCGCAUGAAGUCACCGGAACACUAAUCAGUUUUUACCAUAGGCCCAACUGCUAGGCGAUGAAGCCAAAGUCUUAAGGACAUGACCAAAUAAAC